UUUAGGUACAGGAGCUAACAAAGGAAGCCUAACACUGUCCACACCAGGUUUCUUUCCAUCCUGAUUAUACUACUUCUGUUUAACACAAAGGAGUAAAAGGAAUACUUCUUGUUUUGAUCUGCAAGAACAUCUGUGAGUCCAAUGUACUGUUGCCAGCCUGCACAGACAGCAUUCAUCUCCAGAAGAAAUUGAACCCUACCAUGGUUAAUUUUGCUAUGCUUUCAAAAGAGAAAACUUUGCUGAUCUGGGCUGUUGGUCUUGUCACACUGACUUGGGCAUUGAGAGGACUAGGAUGCCCCUACUGUGGAAUGACAGGCUCUGAAUACCAUAGUGAGAAGGUUUUAUUGGUUGAAGCAAUGAAGCAGCAGAUUCUAGACAAACUUCAUUUGAAGGAGAGACCUAACAUCACACACCCUUUGCCCAGAGUAGCCCUGGUUACAGCCUUGCAACAGCUGCACCUUGGCAGAGUAAGGAAUGAUGGAAUGCUUAGUGCAUCCAAUGAGCAUGAAAGCCUAAGGGCAGAGGAACAAACUUUUCAGAUUGUCAGUUUUGCAGAGUCAGGAGAUGUAGACUCCUCCAAAGCUGACCUUCAUUUCCAGUUUACCAAAGAAGAAGGACAGAAUGUCCAUAUUCAACAGGCAGUCCUUUGGUAUUAUUUCAAAUGUCCAGAAAACAGACACUGUAGGAUCAAUAUCAAGGUAUUCCUACCAUUUCAUGGCCAGUCUAACCAGACUCUAAUUGGUGAAAAGCAUUUCAUCAUCCAUUUGGAUGGCUGGCAUACCUUUCCUAUGACAAAUGUGGUACAAGAUUUUUUCAAAAUGAGGGGUAAGAAUCUCACAAUGCAAAUGGAAUGUGAUGGCUGUCAAAAUCUUCAGAUGCUCUUCAGAGACAAUGAAUCUAAUCAGCCUUUUCUAGUUGCCUAUGCUCACAUCAGUGAUAGAAGACAUAAAAUCCACAAGAGAAACACUGAGUGUGAUCCAAACUCCAAUUUGUGCUGCAAGAGGGACUUCUAUGUGAACUUCAAAGACAUUGGCUGGAAUGACUGGAUCAUUAAACCUGAGGGCUACCAUAUGAACUACUGCACAGGCCUUUGUCCUGUGCAUCUGGCAGCAGCACCUGGAGUAGCCUCAUCCUUCCACAGUGCAGUACGCAAUCUUAUUAAAGCAAACAGACUCCAAGCAGGUGGAAACUCCUGUUGUGUCCCUACUGUUAGUCGCUCUCUCUCCAUGCUGUACUUUGAUAAGCAGAGUAACAUAGUUAAAACUGAUAUCCCAGACAUGAUUGUGGAGUCAUGUGGGUGCACCUAAAAAUCAGUGAAGAAAUAGCAUGUGCCAGUUUUGGGAAAUUAAGAGACAUAAAAAACAACCUGGGUCGAAAUUAAGACCCUGUCACAUGUAAAAUCAGUGGCAGAAAUGUGUCUGCUUCAGGGAUUACUUCAUGCUGCUAUCCACAGUCUCAGGCAGUUUUACUCUCCUUCAUUUCACAGACAUCUACAACACUAUGGAUCAUAGAUAUAGGAGGAUACUGACUGGGUAACAUUCUGGAAGCACUGGAAGAAAGAAUAGCCACAGCACAAAUAAAUAUACAGUUCAAGUAUGUUCACAGACAAAAAACACUUUGGCUGGUAAAGAUCCCUUACUAGUCCACUUACAUAAAUAAAAUAAAAAAUACAAUCCAAAUAGCAAAAUGCCUUCCACCAAAUGUAAAACAAGGUUUUGAAAUCCCCUGCUUCUAAUAGAAGUACUCCAGCAUUCUUCACUAUGGCCUGCUGACAUUCUAACAUAAGACUGCAUUUCAGGUUACUGAAACUGAGCCUUAUGUGCUGUUCAUGUCUCUUUGUGCUAAGAAGCCUGUUUUCUUUUUUAUGAAGCUCUUGAAAGUGCUCUGAUUGAACUAAACUGAAUGCGAGGUAUGUCUUGACGGUUUGGACUAGUCUGCAAAACCCACCUUAAUGUUGACACUAUAACAUGCCAGAAGGGGGCAGGCUAAACUAGUCAGACUAUCUAAAUUUCUUUUAGCCAAAUACAGCUUUGCAAAUAGUGCUGCUCUGUAAACAAAAACAAGAGACUGAAGACAAAUGUAGUAUGUGCACAUUUAGACCAAGUAAGUUAUAAGAAAUGGAGCACAAUUUAAUCUGUCUUUGCCAUGCAUUUUCAAUCCAUUAUUUCUUAACUUGCCUACUGCUGUUUCAGUUGUCCCCUUUGGUAUUCAGCACAUUCUAGACUUUAUUAGAAAUAAUUGUAUUUACAUUACUUAAUGAUCCUACAUAAUACUGGUAAAUGGUACAUCUGGAGGAACAUCCCCUGUGGGACUGAGUUUGCUUUUAGCAACCGUUUUUUUUUUUUUUGAAUGUAUAUGAAUUGCUAACAAGUUCAUAAUUUAUUUUAUGAGUUAUCAAUGUAGAUACAUAUGAAUUCAACUUGGUCUUGUCACAGUUUGAACCAUAUCUAUAUUCUGUUAAAAGCAUUUUUCUCCUUCAGGGUCUACAUAAAUAAAGACAAUACUUUUUCUUCAGGAAUAUUAAUGUAACAUAGCUAUACAUAAAUAACUAAGUAAAUAUGAUGAUUAUCUUAACUGCAGUAGUUCACAGUCAAGAAGUAGCCAUGCCAAAUCCAGCUUAGUAUUUUUAAAAGUAGCAGCUGUUCCCUAAAACUGAAAUGGCUAAAUAUGUCUUUUCAUGAAAGCUUGGUUUUACAAUAUAAUUUCCCUUUAACUGUGGCAUUACUACUUGUCCAAAGGCUACAUGAAAUGACAUCUGCAUAUAACUUAGAUACAAAGCUAACUAUGAUAAAGAUCUAUCACUUCUGGGGUUUUAUAAUUUUAUU